AGAAUCGGCUCACCGUCGCCACCUGCUCCCGUCCACAGCAUGGCCGCGCUCCGCCCCGCCCCCCGCGCCGCCAUCGGCGACCGCGGGCCGGCCGCCGUCUGCCGCGGCUCCCGCCGGCCCUCGUACCUCUCCUCCGCGUCCCCGUGCUGGCAGCAGGGAAAUAUCUUGAAUCGGAAAUCCAAAUGCACUACCAGAAAGCUACUGACUACUGUUACUGGCGCAAAGGGUGAUGAAUCUGAAUUUGAUAGUGUCAAUGCACCACUUGAGCCCCAAACAUGGGAAGGGAGCUUCUUGUGUGGCUUAUUGAAGAACCAGCCUCAAAUUUUUCUAGUAGCUGCAGCAAAGCAACUUCAGCGACUGUCUAUUCAAAGGAAAGACACGCUGACCCGCUGGGAAUAUAGUAUCGGUUCUUCCGAGGACUGUCUUCACAGGAGAAUUGCUGAAAUGAAGGACCAGGAGUGCAGGACUGCUAUUGAGGACGUCAUGUACAUGUUGAUUGUUCAUAAAUAUUCCAAGAUUGAGGUUCCGAUGGUUCCGAAUCUAUCAAAAAUCAUCAGUAAUAGAAGAUUACAUAUAUGGCCACCAAGGGAGGCAGAUCUUGAAUCCAUUCAUGGACCUGAGGUGCUAGGUCAAAUUAAGGAGCACUUGACUAGCAUUAUCAGAUGGGUGCACAGGAAUGGCCCCAAGAUCAAUCGCUCAACACUUCGUGUCAAAAGGCUGCAAUUAGCUCGGAUCUAUUCUGCUUCAAUAAUGUAUGGGUACUUCCUCAAAUCUGUCGCUGUAAGGCAUCGCCUGGACCUGACUUUUGCUCGGUCAGAAGAAUUUUUACAGCCAAUUCAGCUUCUCAAUGCUCAACUUGCAACUACCUGUAAAAAGGAACAGCAAGAGGCCUUUGGCGGUUCUGUGGGAACGGUGCCUUCCUCAAAACCACGGUCUGUCGUUGAUCCUCAUGACCUGAAGAGUUACAUGAUGGGCUUCGAUCCAAAGACCUUGGAGUUAUGCGCGAAGCUGCGCACAAACGAGGCUUGUAAUCUCAUCGAGAAGCACAGCUGGGCACUCUUUGGAGAAAAGAUGGGCUCCACGGAGAUUGACGAGGCGGUGAUACUUGAUCCGGCAUCCCUAAAAAGACUGCUGCUUGAAGCCAUUGCAUUUGGUUCCUUCCUUUGGGAUACCGAAGACUAUGUUGAUGAGAUAUACAAGUUGCAGGACAGCUGAAAAUUGAUCAUCAGAAGAUUCCUGAAGCACUGUAGAUACGGAGCUCGCUGGAAGAAGAGUUUGCAGAAGAUUCCUGAGACCAUGUAUAUAUUUUAGGAAAUUGCCUUUUUUCUGUGCAUGUAAAUCCUGACUUUGCAGGUGCUAAAAUAUGUAGUAGCUUUUUUUUUCUGAAAUAACAACCUUGCAGGCACUAAAAAUAUAUCUACAUAUGACCUUGUUGUAUAGAUGGUGCCAGUAAGCAUAUGUCCAUUUAGGCAUUGGCCUGCAGUCUGUAAUCUGUAAUACGGUGUAGUAAUGCACUCAUGCAUCUUCAGAUGUAAGAAGAUUUUGUUAAGUACUACAAAGUGUCAAAGUCCAUUUGACCA